AUGGUUUAUGGGAACAAAUUAAAUUUCUUAUGGACUUUAGGUUUCUAUCUGGUAACCAAUCAAACUCCCACCAUACCUUCCAUCGAAGACAAGAGUUUCAUAGAGGACUGUGUCACAGCUCACAAUGAAAUGCGUCGCACAGUCCAGCCCCCCGCAGCCAACAUGAAAUACAUGUCUUGGGAUGAAGGUUUAGCGAAGACUGCAAAAGCAUGGGCAAACAAGUGCAAUUACCAACCCAACACCUGCUCAGAAAAACCAUAUCAGUGUCAUCCAACUUUUAAAUAUGUGGGAGAAAAUAUUUGGUUAGGUGGAUCAUACCAAUUUAAACCGGAAUUUGCUAUUGGUCUUUGGUGUAAUGAAAAGAUGAUUUAUAAUUAUAGUACUCUACAUUGUUCCAAAGCUUGUGGCCAUUAUACACAGGUAGUUUGGGCCGAUUCAUAUAAGGUUGGUUGUGCAAUGACAAUUUGUCCUCAACUCCAGGGAGCUGCAACUGCAAUAUUUGUGUGUGAUUAUGGACCUCUAGGAAAUCAUGCAGGGGCCCGCCCUUACACUGAAGGAGCAUCCUGCUCUAUGUGUGGAAAAGAAGACACUUGUGAAAACUGCCUCUGCAAAAAUGAAGAACGUGAAAAGCUUAUCAAAUAUCCAAAUUGGAAUCCACAGGGGAAAGCGCCACAGUGGACAGCAUGUAAUCUAUUGUACAUAGUUUGUAUUCUUCUGAGAAUGUUGUAA